GGAGGUCUUACAUCCGUAUCAACCAGCAACCAUUUUUAAAGAGGUGAGUCGUUCUUGCGGUAUUGUCUGUCUGUCGAGAAGUGUGCUGGAAAUCGUCGCCGUGGAAACGUGUUUACGUCCGUCCAUGGAUGUUUACGUCCGUCCAUGGAUGUUCUCAAGAGAAGUCAUUGAAAGCUUGUAUGAAGUGGGGUUGCCAUUGAAUCGGGGGGUUGCCAUGGAAAGAAGAAGCGCAGUGCUUGUCCGGCAGGCGGGCGGGAAGGGCUAUCGAUCCGAGUGCGCUGGGGAACAUAGGGAGGGGGUACCAAUCCGAGUGCCGUGGGGCGCAUGGUGAGCGUCGGCAGAUAGCAGUUGCGGAAGAUGGCAUAGGAAGGAAGGCAGUCGGAUAGGGUACGAGUUCGAGAUGCCUACGAGCGAGCGAGCGUGAGUGACAAUUAUGAAACCGGUUAGAUGGAUGAAGCACGCGGGGCUGUGUGGAGGGUGUGGGUUGUAAAUAAUAUAAAUCGUUGAGGGUAGUGCGAGAAGAGAGAGAAAAGGGCAACCGGUAGGGGAAAUGGGUGGAAAUUCAUUAUCGUCGUCUUCUUGCGUCAAACAUUAUGGUUAUUGUUUGUCAAGCCCAUCGUCAGGGAGAGGAUUGGUGCUGGAUGGAGCUCUCUCUGUGUGUGUGUGUGUGUGUGUGUGUGUGAGAGAGAGAGAGAGAGAGAGAGAGACGACAUACUGAACUCGCCCGCUUAUUUAAAAUGAUGGCAUAGUCGGGAGUCGUGAGAUGAUAGGUGUCUGAGAUAAUGGUUCUUAUUAUUGGGCGGCGUUGGAAGGGGCCUCGAAUUGAACGUCCGGGCUCAUUGAUGGGGCCUGCAAACGAUCGUCGGGGAGCUUCGUCAAGAGUCGUCCUCCAGGUCACAAAGGGUUUCCUGGGCGGGGUGAUCUGCUCCAUAAUCUCCCGGGGGGGAAUGGAAAAAGUAGACGUCUUUGCACUGUGAGGAGGGGGGUCUCACAAGCUGUCUUACACGUUUGGAAUGUGCUCUCUGCGAGUAGCAGAACGUCUCGGAGUGUAGCUGUGUACCUGUACUUUUACUAAGCAGCGAAGGUUUCCGGAGAAGGCUGGAAGCAACCCAAGUGUACGAAUACGAAAAUGAACACAAGGGACUCCAUUCCGUUAGAGUAGGGGCCGCCAACGCCAAAUCAAGGUUGGGCUGGCUGAUCACUGUGGUUGCUUACUUGUUUGUUUGUAGCUGCUGGAGCAUUGACUUGAUCGAUGCUGUGUUUGUAACUUAGUUUUCUCAAAGGAGGUCAUUUUUGAGAUAUGAUGCGAUAAAGGAAGGUCAUUUCCUUCCCUCUGUGUGUAUAGCAGAGGCAAAUGUGGAUUACGGGCAGAGAUACCAAAGCGAGAGGACCUUUUGACAGGUUUACGGGCAAGUCCCCCUGGCGACAGAAGAUGACACUGUGGGAGUAGUUCGUGUACACAAAGAGAGUUGGUUGGUAAUGUAAAUGCGGUACUCUGUGAGGGAAAUCGGAAAUAGCAGAACCUUUAUGGACUAUGAUUGUGUGAGGAACCCCAUCGAAAAUGGUUCUUUGGUGUUUACGACCGUUGAAAUGUACCAGCUGGAUUUUCUUGUAUUCUUGACGUUUGCUGCGUAGUUUGGUUCGAGCAUUGGGGCCUCUCUGUACUCUCCAUGCUGCGUUCCCAUACUAUGUGUUGUGCUAGUGAAGUUUAAGUACCCUGUGAGAACUGGAGUUUUUGAAAGGAGACUUUAUACCCACAGGAAAACGUGGAUUACCCAUGGAUCAUGCUGACAUACGAAGAUUCUACAAAGAGAGAGAGAGUAGUUGGAAUCCUGGAUUACUACUCUUUCGUGGACAAUCAAUCAUCAUCAUGGUCGAUAGUUCGCUUAAUGAAGGAAUCUUGUGCAUUGACCUCAGCGCUUAACGAUCGUAGAGAGCAGCAGCAAACAUUAGCAGCAGCAACAGCAUUCCCGAUGCCAUUUUACUCGUGGCGAUGGCGUGAGAGAGGAAUUCGGAGUUCGAGUGCCUGGAGAAGGACCAUGAAGAUCAUCCUCUGCGGCAGAUGCAGCGGAAGCAACGGCAGCACUGUAAGGGACAGAAGCACAUCAGACGUAGCAGCAGGAGCACCAGCCUGAGGAUCAGCAAUCGCUUGAGCAUCAGUCAUAGGAAUAGCGGCAGCCACUGGUACAGGAAGAGAAGGGGGUUAAGUUUUGUCCUUGUGGUAGAUAGCAGUGCUUGUUUGUUCGUUCGGCGCCCAAGAGGUAUGAAGUGCCCACACGAAGUUGUGGGUAUUUUGGCGGUCCUGGAUGAGGUGUGAAGUGCCCUCCUUUUUUAGGAUAGUAAAGAGGGAGGAGUAUUUUGGGAGCGAGGCAUGGGGAGGAGCAAGAGCACACAAUGGAUUGAAUGAAUUGGCCUUGUACUGGAAGGGGGCAAAGCACACUGUGAAGUAGAGAGGUAGGCGCAGAGUGAGUGGGGGAGAGAAUGGAGAAAGGAGGGAAGUAAAUCCCUGAGGGCAGAGGAAAGAAAUCAUGUUUGAAUGCCAUCUUUUUCAAGCGGGCUGUAUUGCCGGUGAAAUUCUUCAGUGCCUUUUGGCGAAGUCGAGAAAAUUCUCCCUUCCAGUGUUAUAUGAUCAACAUGUCCGAGCGGAGGGCGGGGGGAGGGAGAGGUAAGUGCUGGAGGUUGGGGGGCAAGACUUUGUAACUACGAGGUCCUUUCUGGGAGGAGGAGAUUGAACAGCCCAUGCUCACCACCAUGUCCGUCGCAGCGGAUAGAAAUUGCUUUUCUACAUCAUCUCAUGUAAUGUAAUGUACCCGACGAGGAAGCUUCUUCGUUUCUUUAACUCCGUGUGUAACGUAAUUGGUGAGAAAGGCUCCUCGGCCACCCUGUAUAUGCACUCUCUAACCCAUGGAGGUUUCAUGUUUCGGUAUUUUAUCUUUUUAGAAGUAGAAAAUGAGAAACGUUGACCGUCGAUCAUCAGACGGGCUUCUUGGACAUCAUUGUGUCUCUGUGUGUGUGUGUGUGUGUGUGUGUGUGUGUGUGUGUGUGUGUGUGUGUGUGNGAGAGAGAGAGAGAGAGAGAGAGAGAGAGAGAGAGAGAGAGAGAGAGAGAGAGAGAGAGAGAGAUGGGGUCUGGGAGGUUGGUGUUAUAUGAUUCCCUGUUUCCCUGGCUCUGGUGAAUUGCCGUCGAUAUUCAAAUUUCUGGCCAAGAAGGGGGGAAAUAAAGUAGGGGACGCGCUUGCCGGGUAAGCUGUAGUCCCAACCUGUUUGCCUUUUCGGACUUUUCCUCCUAACCGGAAGUAUUUCGAGGUCUUGUGUAUCAUCCUUACGGACUUGCUGCCCUUGUUUUGGCAGGUAGGGAAUGUUUCCUUCCUGAAGACCGAUCAGGGACCUUAGAGUGGAUUUUGUUGGAGAGAUUGGAAUAAUCCUGCAUUCAGGACAUC